AAAUGGGUGGAAACCUCAUGGCCAAGUUGUAGAAAAAAAAAAAAAUAGUUUGAAGUGUGCCUAUCUUGGGGCGGAGCCCCUCCCUUCUGCUGGCUGCGCGCGGAGUGGGAGCCCCAGGUGCGAGCGAGAGGCCGGGUUCACGGUCCAGAAACUGGGGACCCCCGCCGCCGCAGUGCGCCCCACCGCGUGGCGAUGAGCGGCCCCGUCAGCACGCCGCCCCCGGAGCGCCUCGAGCCUCACCCAGGGACGUCCUACGGCAUCAUGGAGAUUGCCAUCACUGCAGCUGUGAUCACCGCUGUGGCCUUGGUCCUGGUCUGCCUCCUCUUUCUCAUGCUUCGCUACCUGUACCGACACAAGGGCACCUACCACACCAACGAGGCCAAAGGCACAGAGUUUGCAGAGAGUGCGGAUGCAGCCCUGCAGAGUGACCCUGCCCUCCAGGACGCUGGGGACAGCAGCAAGGAGUACUUUAUCUGAGGGGUAGAAGACUUCAUGUUCCUGCAGGAUGCUUCUGGCUGCAGGAGAGACAGUACCCCCACUGUGUGCCACCAUUAUCAGCACCAGGAGGUCCUCAGAGGCACCCCAAGACUCCUGGGGAGCAGAACACUGGGUGCCUGCCAGGAGCAGCUCUUCCAGGGACUCAGUGGCCACCCGGAGGCUGGCACUGACUCUGCAAGGAAGAGAGAACAUCUGGAUAUGCUGAACCUCCUGGGCAAUGCGGGUGUCGUCUCUCACCAGCACGAGAGUCCUCCUCAGUGUGCAUGGGGCGGUCGGACCUAGGAGUGGGAGUAGAGAGGUAGGGCAUCUGUAAGCUGACUGGGUAUGAUGGCAACAGAUGUCAGUCAACAUUUGGGGGGAACAGCAAGUGCCAGAACUAAAAGGCACCUUCGUCUCCCAUCAACCCAGCUCAAAAUGAUUACAAAUAAAUCUGAAAUGUAACUGAGCAUCCUGUAUCAGACGACACUACUCUAAGUGUCUGGGAAAAAGUACAUGCCACCCAUGGCUGGUGCGACAUUGUGUCUGUGUGCGUGGGGUGAGACCUGUCCAGUUCUGGCAAGAGAACAGGAGAGAGUAACCUUUCCCCUCACUAGCACCAGCCAUAUGAAACAUAUGGAAGAAGGAAACAUAGCCAUCUGGCCACUGGCUGAAGCACUAAAUUCUUAAUAAAAAUAUUAGAAAAGGAGAGUUAGUUGUGUUCAGCAACCAUGAGCUCCAUCAUGCCACAGUCCCAAAGAAAAUGUUCUUGUGUAAGAAGAGAUUGCAGAUCUCCAGUCCUGGGCUUAGGUCCUAGCUCCUCUGUACUGGUCCUAGGACCUUAAGCCAUGCAUUUAACCUCUCCGGCCUUAAUGCUGGCAUUUCUUCAAGCCAAAAUAAUGCUAAAUUGUGUUACCUCUGGUUCCUAACUCCCAGCAGGAACAGAGUUAUACGACACUAGGCAAGCGCUGUGUUCUAGCGUCACUAACAGACCAGAUGCAUCGCUUGCCUGUGUCGGCUAAUGAGAAUUCAUCUUUGCACCAACCUCUAAAAACCUCCUGGGCAGUCACUAAUUUAAAACGAAUAACAGGAAGAAAAUGAACUAAUUAACCGACCCCUUCCGGGUAAGAUUGCCAGUGGCUCUGCAGACACUCUAAGGCCAGCAUUGCUGAGUUUAAAGACUUCCCCUUGCAGUACUCGGGUUCUCUCAGGAGCCCCCUCAACUGUGCUAUCUCUACCUAGGAGCUAGAGGGGAAAAAAAGACCCACAUCAUGUUCCCCAGGAGACUAAUGAGGAUACAGGCUCAGUCAAGCCUGGCCGCCAGCCAAGGUAGCAUGACGUCCUGGGAAUGUUGUGGGGAAGAGAAGCAGGAAUUUAAUUAUAACAAGAUGCUAUCAUUGUCAAGUGCUGGCCAACCCCAGAUUAGAGGAUAUCUGUGUUGUCAUCUAUGAAGUAAAACGCUAACUACAGCUGUCACCCAUUCAUCCAGAGAAGCCUGGUCUAAAACCCUUGAACCCAAGGCAGUACUGAACUUCUUGUAUUUAGCUUUUUCUCACACACUUAUGUUAAGAUUUAAUUUAUAAAUUAGGCACAGUAAGAAAUUAACUGCAGUAACAGUAAAAUGGCAUAAUUAUAACUAAGCUGUAAUAAAAGAUUCUUGAAACUAUG